UUAAAAUGUUUUGGAAUGAUAUUCCUAAUACACAAAGUAAACUCCAUAAACACAUGGUUUGACCAGAAUGGUGUGGGAGGAACUCCAGUGGCCUGCACCGAGCCCAGACCUCAACCCAACCAGAACAUACACUGCAAACCAGGAUUCUCAUCCACUAUCACGGCCCGCUUCCAGAAACUCGACGUAUUUGCCUGUAUGUGUAUAAAAUCCCCACAGACACACUGUAAAGCCUUCUCCAGAGCAGAGUGGAUUUUGUCACUGGUGACUGUUGGGGUUUUCUAGCUGUCCUGAAACCGUAGACUUCCUGUAACACCACUGAGAGCUCAGACUGAGAGAAAUGAAUAAAUAAUUCACAGAAGGUUUUUCGUUUCUUUCAUUGUGUGAAAUUCAGCCACUAAAUAAUUCAAACACAGACUCAUAUGAACAGACGUAAACACAGUCCAAGAAUAUAUUUCAUAACAACGUUAACUCGAGGACUUAUGUUUUGUUUUAUAGCUUUAAAAUUUAGAGGAACAUUCAUCUUCAAGCAUGUAUGGACAAGGUGGACCUGUCGGCCCUCCAGGCACGUCACCCAUGAUGUCUGGUAAGUAAGGGGUGUGGAGUAUUUACUGGUUGUCCUUCUGUUGACCACAUUGGUUAGGUUCUAACCACCCAAACCACUCGUUUUAGAGAUGCUCUGACCCAGUUACAGGGCCAUCACAGUUUGGCCCGUGUAAACAUUAACAUUUCUAUGCUUGGUCAUUUUUCCUGCUUCCAACAGAGUUCUGGAGUUUGCAUGUUCUCCCCGUGUCUGUGUGGGUUUCCUCUGGGUGCUCCGGUUUUCCUCCUACAGUCCAAAGACUUGCAAGUGAGGUGAAUUGGAGAUAGAAAUUUGUCCAUGACUGUGUUUGAUAUUAAAAACUUGAACUGAUGAAUAUUGUGUAACCAGUAAUUACCUGUUCUGUCAUGAAUGUAACCAAAGUGUGUAAAACAUGAUGUUCAAAUCCUAAUAAAUAAAUAAAACCUCAUGAACUGACUGUUCAUUUGGCUUCUUAAUAUAACCCACCCCAUUGACAAGUGUCAGUGUAACGACUUAAUCAACAUUAUUCGCUUCACCUGUCAGUGGUUUAAUAGUUGCUUAUUGUUGUUAAUUGAGCUCUGGAGGAAACCCACACAGACAUGGGGAAAACAUGCCAACUCCACACAGAAAGGACCCAAACUGCCCCCUCUGGGAAUUGAACCCAGGACUUUCUUGCUGUAAGGCGACGGUGCUACCCACUGAGCCACUGUGCCGCCCCCCCAGUAAACUGUACCCACCGCGACCCAGAGUAGGAUAAAGCGCUGGUAAAACAGACAUAUAUACAGUACCAUGAACACAUUUCCAUGCCAACAUUUUAUUAAUGCACUAAUAUUUACACCACAGUUUAUACGACAGAUCUUUCUGCUGAUAUGCACGGUGGCUCUCAACCAUCUUCAAAUGGACACGUUCUCCUCCCUCCAGGGUUUGUGCCUCCUCAGGAACCUGCACUGCUGCCCCCUCCACCAGGUUAUGUGCCCCCUCAGAUACCCAGGAUGAUGCCAGCUUCUACGAUACCAGCUGGAUGCCCACCUGGACUGGAGUACUUAACACAGGUGGACCAGCUUCUCGUCCAUCAGAAAGUGGAGCUCGUUGAAGCUCUGCUGGGCUGGGAGACCUGCAACCACUACCUGGUGAGGAACAGUUUGGGACAGCAGGUGUUUUCCGCCUCAGAGGGGAGCGACUUCUGUUCCAGGAUCAUCUGCGGCUCCGCGCGCUCGUUCGUCCUGCGUGUACAUGAUAACCUGGGACAGGAAGUGCUCACCCUCGUACGGCCUUUGAAGUGCAGCGGUUGUUGUUUCCCGUGCUGCCUGCAAGAGCUCGAGGUCCAGGCACCUCCCGGCACUGCUAUCGGAUAUGUGAUCCAGAACUGGCAUCCUUACCUACCCAAGUUCACCAUUCAGAACGAGAGAAAAGAAGCGGUGCUGAGAGUUGUGGGACCUUUCUGCGACUGUAACUGCUGCUCUGAUGUCAAUUUUGAGGUGACGUCCCCGGACGAGGCCUCUGUAAUCGGGAGGAUCAGUAAACACUGGACGGGUUUGGAGGCCGAGAUGUUUACAGAUGCGGAUAAUUUCGGUGUGCGGUUUCCCAUCGACCUGGAUGUAAAAACCAAGGCUGUUCUGUUAGCGGCGUGUUUCCUCAUUGAUUUCAUGUUCUUUGAACAUUCGCCAAAACAAGAUUAACAUCGGUGCUCAGGUGGCUAAACUGACUUUACAAGACGGAUAAACCAACAUGGCUAAUGAACAAGAGGCUAAAUGCCAGCCAGACAUGUACAAUAUAAAUCCCCAACCUUUUUUGCACCAUGAACCGGUUAAUAUCGGUAUAAUGUCGGGAGUAUUUAACCAUGCUGUUCACAAAUGAUUGAAAAUGAGCUUUUUUCACUGCAACGAGACUCUGCUCCCACCUAGGGGUGAUAGGAGACAAUAACACCCGAAUAACACCCGAAAUGGAAGCAGUGAAAACUUCUAUCGAUCUCUAAUUAUUUAUUCUUUCUGAGUGGCCUGGUAAUAAAUGACCGGUGGUUGAGGACCAGUGUGUUAAAUGUAAAUGUAAUUUUGAAAUAUAUUUAUCUAAGAAGGACACUACAGUCUUUUUUAAGGCUCUAGGACUUAACCGAACAACAGUAAGAGCUACCCAGUAGUUGCUGACCUGCUGAAAUUUCUUCGAAGGCUCAGUGACACACAAGUCACACCAAAAAUUCUAGAAAAAAAAACAUCUCAAGAACCGUAGACGUCUACAGUCUCCGUCUACAGUUUCAGCUAAGCUCAGUGUUCAUGACUUCACGAAGGGGUCUUGGCAAAUGGGAUUCCUGGAAGAGAAGCAAAAAGGAAACUAAUUAAUUACCUAAUUAAUUAAUUACUCAUUAAUUAAUUAAGUGAAACAUCAGUACUCAUCUGACAUUCUCAAGAAGCACCUGGGUGAUCCCCAAACUGUUUGGUAUAAUAUAAUGAAACUGUUUAAACAACAAGGUUCUUGAAAUGUCUGGCAAAAAAACAACUAGAGCAUUUUAUCGUAAGCAUGUUAAACCGGUAGUGAUGGUGCAUUAUUAUGCUGCAUCAGGACCUAAAUGACUUGCCAAUAUUACGAAAACUUUCAGAAAAUUCUUCAGGAGAAUGUAAGGUCAUCUGUCCGUGAGUUGUAAACUGGCAAUCAACCAAAUAGAACAUAAAUCGGGGCGCCACAAUGGCUCGGUGGGUAGCACAGUCACCUCAGAGAGAGACGUCCUGGGUACAAUUCCCAGCUCGAGCAAUCUGGGUUCUUUCUAUGAAGAAUUUGCAUGUUCUCCUCGUGUCUGUGUGGUUUUUCUUCCAGCAGUACAAUGACGUCAAACUGAGGUGAAUUGGAGAUACAAAUCUGGUUGUGACUGUGUUUGAUAUUAAACUUGAACUGAUGAAUCAUGGGUAACCUGUGAUUACCUGUCCUGUCAUGAAUGGAACCAAAGUAGAAAACAUGACGUUAAAAUCCUAAUAAAUAAAUAAAUCAAUAA